GCUAUUCAAGCUUCACCUGACUUUCCCCUGACAACAAUUAUGGCUGACGAGACUGUCGCUGUCGAGGAGGUCGCGGCCGCCGAGCCCGCCUCCGGCAAGAAGGCCAAGACCCCCAAGGCCAAGAAGGAGGCCAAGCCGAAGGCCCCUAAGGCCAAGGCCCCCAAGAAGGAGGCGUCGCACCCGCCCUACAUUGAGAUGGUGGCUGAUGCCAUCAGCAGCCUGAAGGAGCGCACCGGCUCCUCUGUGCCCGCUAUCAAGAAAUACAUUGAGAGCAAGUAUGGCAAGGAUAUCCACGACAAGAACUGGGCCAAGACCCUGUCGCUGGCCAUCAAGACUUUUGUGAAGUCCGGCAAGCUGGUCAAGGUCAAGAACUCCUACAAGCUGGGCGAGAAGGUCAAGGCCGAGACCAAGAAGAAGGCCGCGCCCAAGAAGGCGGCUGCCCCCAAGAAGGCCGAGGGCGAGAAGAAGAAGGCCGCCCCCAAGAAGGAGAAGAAGCCCAAGGCCGAGAAGAAGGCUGAGAAGAAGCCCAAGUCCGCGGAGAAGAAGCCCAAAUCCGCGGAGAAGAAGCCCAAGUCUGCGGAGAAGAAGCCCAAGUCCGCCAAGAAGGAGGGCGAGAAGAAGAAGGCCACCCCCGCCAAGAAGGCUGCCAAGCCCAAGGCGGAGAAGAAGCCCAAGGCCGCCAAGCCCGCCAAGAAGGCGGAGAAGAAGCCCAAGGCCGAGAAGAAGCCCAAGGCGGAGAAGAAGGCCACCAAGGCUGCCAAGCCCGCCAAGAAGGCUGCUGCCCCCAAGAAGGCCAAGAAGUAAAGGACUUGCGGAGUCAAGGCCGCCGCGGGCCCAGCAUACCUAGUGUCCCGCGGCGUACCGAAGCAGUCCUCGUGCGUGUGUUCUGUGGGCGCGGAGCGUCACUUCAACUAACCGGUGUUUGUCAACACCACCUCAAAACCGGUGUUUAUCAACACCACCACCCUGACGGUCAGGAACUAAGUGCAGUUGAAGUGUGGGAGCAGGGGGGGCUCCCCUGUGUGGGAGCCAUUCCUUCGGCUCUCCCGGCUAGUCUGCCCGCACAGGCCGUGCCACUGGGUUCGUCAAGUUCUCCAGAUGGUUUUGCCCUGAUGCCGGGGCUUGAGGUGAGGUAUGCCAUCGCAGCCUGCGCCCCCGGCCCCAGCCGCUGGCACACUUGGGUGGCGGUUGUGGCCGCGAUGGGCGUUGGACGCCGGCGUUGGCCAUGCCUCACCAUAUACGGCGGAUGGUGGUUGAUGCCAUCAGCAGCCUGAAGGAGCGCACCGGCUCCUCUGCCCGCUAUCAAGAAAUACUGUGCCGUAUACUUAGGGCCAGUAGGUGCGUCCUUCUCGACGGUCGCCCCUGUGGCGACAGGGCUUUGUCCUGGCGUCGGCACAUAAUGCACCAGAUGCAAGGGUCUUGGAGGCUAUGGCGUGUGGGUGUGGGGCAACGGGGGCAACGAUGGUCGCAGGUCUCGGCGUGGCGAGGACCUGUCUCGUACCGCUUACCCGAGUUGCUGACCCGUGGCGUGUUGGCACUUGGCAGCUUGUGUGUGUGUGUGGUUACAAGGUGGUGCGCAGUCCCACCCUAGUCCCACCCUGUGUCAUUCGCGGGCCUUCCACAAGACUUACAGGGACUUACGGGAUACUAUCCAUGGACAUGCCUCGGCCCACCCGGCCUGGCGUGAGGCCAGCGUUUAACCAUCGGCAUGUCCAUAUCAAUAGUAUUUCCACGAGUCGGCUUCCCAUGGUACCGUGUAAAGAUUGCGUCAU